AUGCCAAACCCGCCUCUCUCAAAAUCCUGGCCGGAAAUUCGACAGGCCUUAGAGCAUGCCCGCGAAUGCGAAGAUGGCCCCGUGGAUGCCUCCACCGCCACCGUGCUAGAUGCUACCAUUGCCGAACUCUGGAACCGCAUCCAAUCCCAGCCUGAUACCUACGUCCUGAGUCCAGACGAGUUCGCCCUCUUUAAUUACUUCCUUACAACCCGCUACCGCGGUUCUCCCGUCGCCCAGCGAGCUGUGGCUCGCUUCUGGGACAAUUAUCAACAAACCAGCAACUGUGACGUCGCCAACUAA